AAUUUCAACAUUCUCUCUCUCUCUCUCUCUCUCUCUUUGGAAUCUUCCUUCUGCUUGGAACCCUAAAAAUCUGAUUACGUACCUACCCAUUAUUUAAUUGGUCCGUUUUUAUAAUUGGGGUUGUCGGCUGAACUAAUUAAUCAUUUGGGGUUGGAGGAACAAGAGGAGUGAGAGCUUCAAUUUUUCUGUUUUUAAAAAUUAGGGCUUCUUCAUUUGGUACCCGAUUCCCUUGUUUCUUGGGCUUCUGGAAUUGAUGCAAAUUUUAGGUCUGGUGGGUGGUGGUUGUUAAAUCAAAUCGACGACAAAAAUUAGUUUUUUUUCUUCUUCUGGGGUGUUGGGAUAUGGAUUUGGGGGUUUCUGAUGAGAUGUUAGGCACUUUUGUGCCAAUAGUAGUUUACUGGAUUUAUUCUGGGAUUUACGUUGUUCUGGGGUUGUUUGCUGAGAAUUAUCGGUUACAUUCGAAGCAGGAAGAGGAUGAAAAAAAUUUGGUGUCAAAGGGUGCUGUGGUUAAAGGUGUUCUCCUCCAACAGCUAGUUCAGGCUGUGGUUGCAACCCUCUUGUUUGCGCUGACAGGAAGUGACAACCAAAAUACUACAAGCCAGAAUACUUCUCUACUUGUUUUAGCAAGGCAAUUUGUUACUGCUAUGCUUGUAAUGGAUGCAUGGCAAUACUUUAUGCACAGAUACAUGCAUCACAACAAGUUCCUUUACAAACAUAUCCACUCUCUACAUCACAGACUCAUUGUACCCUAUUCAUAUGGAGCUCUGUACAAUCACCCCGUCGAGGGGCUUCUGAAUGACACUGUUGGUGGGGCUUUAUCUUUCCUACUCUCCGGGAUGAGUCCUCGAGCCUCCAUCUUCUUCUUCUCCUUUGCCACCAUUAAAACAGUGGAUGAUCACUGCGGGUUAUUGCUCCCUGGGAACCUUUUCCACAUCUUUUUCAAAAACAACUCAGCCUACCACGAUGUACACCACCAGCUCUAUGGCAACAAGUACAACUUCUCGCAGCCAUUCUUCGUUAUGUGGGACAAAAUCUUAGGUACCUACAUGCCUUAUACGUUGGAGGAGAGGGAAGGUGGUGGUUUUGAAACUAGACCUUGCAAAGAUUACAAGGAUGAUUAACUUUUUUGCUUGACGAGCAUUCUUUAUCUGUACUAGUAUUGUUUUCCCUUUUUAUGAGCAGCUUCUCCUUUCUCAUGUGAUGCCUGUAUAUAUACAUAUGAUGUGUCCUGUUCUAUAUUUUUCUUUCCCUUAUGUCCAUACUAGAUAGACAUAAUAAAGGAAAUUGAGGUGCUACCUAUUACCAUUUGAUUUUCACCCUUGUAUUGCUUGCUGCUACACAAUAGUCAUACCUUGUAUCCCUCUGUGAUGUCUUGCCUUCUUUAACUUUCACGCAUGCAAUCUUUGAUAUCCUAAUGACUAAUACUUCAUAUGUUUUGCCGACUUUGUA